UCUCUCUUUUUUCUUCUUCUUCUUUUCCCCUCCAGAGCAGCAUCUGAAUGUGUGGUUUUGCCUAGAUCAAUUCUCACUUGCAUUCAGAGCCUGGCUGUCAAGGCUACUCGUGUUGCUCUCUUCAUUGGCUCUCUCACCUGCGGCUCUGUCAGCCUAUCCGUUGGUCGGCUUAUUUGCUGCUGUUUUGCAACUAUCCUCUCCUUUCAUCUGAACUGUGAUUGUUGUCUUCUCUGAUAAGUUCGUCGUCUUCGUUGUCUGUCUGCUUUCUUCUUUCUUUCUUUCUACCCCCACAAUGGAUGCCUCUCCGGAUUCUGGUUCCAAUGUGGAGCAGCAGCCACAAGAGCAGCAACAACAACAACAACCACCACCCAUCACACUCAGCACUCAGGUCGCCCCUGAGUCGGUCAGGGAAACCACUGUCACCAUCGAGGCGGCUACAGAUGAUUUGGCAGCAUCUGCCACAAACCCCAUCACAACAAGCACUCCCUUAGAACCCCCCUCAUCGGAUUCACCCCCAGUCGAGAUCCAGGAUGAGGCACCUCGAGUCGAUAUCCCGCCUCCGGUGCAAGCAGACCCCGUUCCGGUGAUUCAGCCCCCCCAACCGGAGCUGGACCAUGCCUACUGGGCCGAUAUCGAGGAGGAUCUAUCGGUCCCCGAUGAGGCUGAAAUGAAGGAAAUUGAAUCGGCGGCAGAUGGCGACUACAGCGCCUACGAGUAUGACUACUGGGAGAAGAACUUCCACCCCGAUCUGGAUGAUCCCGAAUACCUUCCGGUGGAGAAGGCCCGCAUGACAUGGAAGAUCAAGGGCGUGCGAGGCACUCCAGACGCCCCUAACCGCGUCAAGAUCAUGCGUUCUCCGCCCGCAUACAUGGGUGGUUAUUGGUGGACCAUCAAGUUCUUCCCCCGGGGGAACAACGUCAAUUCGCUCAGUAUCUACAUCGAGUGCUCUCCGACCAUGCCCCCGCCCGAUAAGACUCUGCCCGAGACCGAGUUCAAGGUGAUGCACGGCCCGGCUGAUGCAGCCCUGGAUGUCAAUGCACCGGACGUCGACAUGAAGUUCGCUCAGACCAACGAUUCCGCAAGUUGGUUGGAGGCUUUCAAGGCCCAGUACCCCGCUGCCGCUCAUCAGGCAGAAUCAACCGGCACCAAGUCCUGGCGGGUUUCGGCUCAAAUUGGCGUCAUUCUGUAUAACCCCGAGGAGCCGCGGACGGGCUGGAUGCAGUCCUCGUGCCAUCAGUUCAACCCCCACAACCUGGACUGGGGCUGGACCAACUUCCACGGUCCCUGGGACCAGAUCCACCGCCGCCAGCGAGGCCAGCGUCAGGCGCUUCUCCGCAACGAUACCCUGGCGUUCGAUGCGUAUAUCCGCAUUGUCGACGACCCCACCCGCUCCCUCUGGUGGCAUGCCAGUGACACCGAGCCGACGUGGGACAGCCUGAGUCUCACGGGCUAUCGGCCGUUGGGUGACUCCGUCAUCAAUCACAGUGCCGACGUGGCUGGGCUGGCUACCUGGGUGCAUCUGGCGCCUUUCUGCAAGAUCAUCCAGAAGGCCAAUGUCUUGGAGCAUCUGACCAGCUGCGAUGUCAAGCCGAAGCCGCUCUGCGAUGCACUACAAAAGUUCCUGUGGCAACUGCGCUCCCGGGGCCAAUCGCUGCAGUAUGUGGAUACGGACAUGAUCACCUCGACCUUGCGUAACCUGCACGAAUACUCCGGCGAUGUGUGCGAGUUCUGGGAACGCUUACGCCGCACGCUCGAAAUCGAACUAGCAGGCACAGACGCGGGGCAGGAAUUGGCCAGGCUGUUCGACAGCCCGGCCAUCGAGUCGCUUCCCAGCGAAGCGCAGGCUCAGGACGUGAUCAAUACUGUCCCGAAGGACUACAACUCCCGAAUCUGUGUGCCGGCUGACCAGGUCGAGACCACCAGUGAAGCCUUCAGCUGGUACUUGAGUGCCAAGCCCGGACGCUGGGUACUUCCCCCGGUGCUUCACUUGGAGUUGGGUCGUCAGAAGUUGGACAAGGCUGCUCGGCAAUGGCGUUUGCUUUACAACCGAGUUGAUCUGGAUGAGGAGCUGGACUUGACGCCAUGGCUGCUGGAUGGCCAGGAAGGCAAAUACGUCCUCUAUGGCUACAUCGUUCACCGUGGCCGGCGUACGUCUGGCAAAUUCUUCAGCAUUCUGCGACCGGGAGGCCCUGGAACCAGGUGGCUUGCUUUCGAUGAUGGCAGUGAUAACCGUGUCGAAUGCCUGACUCGGAAGACCGCCUUGGGCCCUCACCUCGGCCUGGACGCCUCCCAGAAGGUGGACCACAAGACCGGCCAUGAUGUUGCCAUUGCCGUGAUGUACAUCCGCAGUGAUGUCGUCCAGGAGUUCUUGCCUGGCCCGCAAGGUCCAUGGGACGUGCCCGCGAGUCUGAAAGAGUACUAUGAAACGGGCAUCCCUCCGGUGCAAUUGGAUGACAAGUGCGACAAGGAUGAGAUCAACGUGGAGGUCUACUCGCUGCCGAAGUACGAUCAAUUGGGCAGCUUGUUCGAUACGUAUGAUUUGAUGUCACAGGCCAAGUCGGAAAACGGUGUCAUGUAUCUGACUGUGCCCCGCUCGUCCAACUAUGUUGAUCUCCGAAAGAAGAUUGCCAUGUGGGCAUCUGCCAAGUCUAGCGAGAGCACUUGUGCCGAGCAUGUCCGGCUGUGGCAGAUCGGUCACACUCGUGACCAGUUCGGGCCUACCCUUGCAUUUGCUCGUAUCUCCGACCUGACGAGCACCUUGGACUUUCCGCUGAAGACGGUCCGUUUCUGGAUGCAGGUCGUCUCUGAUGAGAACGCCAAGUUUUUCGCCAUAGCGGAUCCACCACAGGCGAUUUCGAUUCAGGCCAAGCCUGAGGAAGCUGUGGUGGAACGCGCCGGUUCAGAAUCCUCGGAAGAUGGAUUGCCUCUUCCCGAAGGUGAAGCUGCCCGCGCGAGCUCAUCGGGAACUGUACCGGAGAACCGCAUCAGUGCAACUGGGGGUGCGACAAUCACCAACGCUGUGAAUGUUUCACACAUCGAAAUUGUCCCUCAGGAUCCUGUGCCUACGGACUCGAGCGGCACGGGGGCGCCUACUACUGGAGACUCCGAGAACGAUGCAGUGAUUGCUGCCAUUAUCGCGGAAGAUCUCCAGCAGAUGGAUACCGACCGAGUCCCUGAUGCAGCUGCUCCCCCGGUCACUCAGGAGCCUAGUCAAGCGGUACCAGCUGAGCCUGAGACUCAGGCUAGCACAGCUGCGGACAUUCCUGCUCCGUCAAUCGAGCCGGAGGUCCCCCAGCCAGUAGACCACGUGUACUACUUCAUCCAAAGGUUCGAUGUGGAAGCGCAGGCCUUGCGCACAGUGGGAUCCUUCUUCUCGAAGAAGGAAGAGAACAUCAAGAAUGCCGUCCGGAGACAUCUCAAGAUCCCGCCAAUGAAGGAUUUCCAGAUCUGGCAACGUGUGGAUGGAACCACCGUGACUACCAUGGCUUCGGGCGAGACAUUCGAGGUUUAUGUUCCCGACGGUACCUGCUUCAUUGUGGGUGACAAGUUGAACAAGGACAGACGAUUGCAGCUCAACGUGGCCGGACUUUUCGGCAAUCCCGAUCAGCUAGUCCGCUAUCUGUGGGCUGAUUCUCGCAACCACCCCACGCGUGCCUUCACUGGCUUCAAGACCAUUGAUGCAUCGUUCACGAACGACUACUACAGUGGGGAGUUCAAUAAGGGUCACUUCCACGGCAAGGGCAAGCACAUCUCUGACCUUGCCGCAACCUACGUCGGAGAUUUCGUGCUAGGCAAGCGCCAUGGAACCGGCUUUAUGGAGUAUCCGACCGGUGACACGUACGACGGUGACUGGUUCGACGGCAUUUGUCACGGACAGGGCACGUACGUGGAGCGCAAGACAGGCAACAAGUAUGUCGGCGGGUACAAGGACGGCAAACGUCACGGCAAGGGCAUCAGCUACUGGGAGGUAGCCGAUGAAGAAAUGGAUCUGUGUCAGAUCUGUUACGGGGAAGAACAAGACGCCUUGUUUUAUGACUGUGGGCAUGUUUGUGCCUGCGUGACCUGCGCUCGCCAGGUCGAUCUCUGUCCUAUCUGCCGGAAGAACAUCGUCAGUGUGGUUAAGAUCUACCGCACAUAGUGAGCCCGGGCUGCCUGCCCUCAUCCGAACUUUGUUGCAGGGCAAAUGGGGAAUUAGAAACACGCGGCCUCCCCCCUGCAUUUGGUUUCAGUUCGUAUUGCAUUGAAGAAUUCAUCAUACCCAGGAUGUUGCAAAGACCGGAGUGAUUGGUUUGGUUGAUAUUAGACACGAUAUUGUCAGCAGAGUUGGAG